AUGUCGUUUGCCCUCCUAAAAAAGGCCUUCGGUAUUGGAAGGGCAAUCGACGACCGGGAGUUUGACGAGUUUAUUAAGGCAGUUGACGUCAAUGAUGUCCAUGUCGGGCAAUUGAGUAAAUUAUUGAGAAAAAAAGCAGUCCGGUUGUUUGUCCUUAAAAAUGAAGACUCAGGUGUCAUAUUUGAUUCUGCAGCGCUAAAGGAUCCUGUGAAAUCCACCCCAACCAUUAAUGUUGGUCGUCAACAGUUGAAUCUUAGUGAUAUAGCGUUCGGGUCUUAUUCAUUGAAUAACAGAAAACCACUCUUACAUUCAAUGAAAAUUCAUGAUAUGAGUUCCAUUGGGCAGGUUCUGUUUACUCGAGUUUUUCAUGAAUUAGAUGAGUGGCGAAAGCUGUAUCCGAAAAGUGAACACAACCAAGGGAUCAAGCAGGAAACAUGUGUUGGAAAUCCUGAGUUGUUAAAGAAACAGAACUUAAAAAGUUACAAAACUUUGGCAGUUUGCCUACUUAUCAAUUUGGAGUGGUGUUCACCUACUGGUGGGUCGUGUCCCAACAAAGCAUGUUCACAAAAGUCACAUAGCCGUCGGAAUUUCUAUCAUCUAUUCAAUACUGAUGUUUCCCACCACAACCAACUAGUUCCUCAGUCGUCCGCGGAUACUAGCUUGAAAAUAUCGGCCUUUACCGCGAAACGUUUUUACAAUAUGCUCUUUGAACACUGGGUUCAGCUUAGCCUAAUAAUAGAGACAUUGUCGAAUGAAUGCGCAAUAGCCGUAUGCAGCAAUGCUAAGAGCUAUUGGGGCACGCACAAACUUGUUCCAGAGGCACACUGUACAGAAACCAUUGCAAAAGCUUUCAGCAACUUUCUGAAUUAUUUCCGAGAUCUAUGUCUGCCCAAAUUAUGUUUUCCGAUUUGGCCUACGUUAAAUGUCACAUUGUCUACCGAUUUUGAUUCAUUAUCACCCUGCUCUGAUCGAUCACGAGCUGAUUGUGUUGCUUAUUGGCUUAAUAUGGACCCUAGUUAUUCUCAGUCAAUGCUUGUCGAUUCUAACCAAAUUUCCAAAGAUAGUCUACUCGAUGUGUUUGUGAGAUCCUGUCUGGCACCUUUAAUUAUUAAAGGUAAUAGUAAAGAACAUCGUAGCUUUCUUGCUCGGUUGAUUACUGGUAUUCUUAUGUUCCAUACUGGUUGGAUUGAUGGUUCAGGAUCACGUUCAAAUCCGGGGGUCAGUUGUGGGAAUUCACCAAUAUCUAAUAAACAGAACGUCCCCGUCAGUUUAUUGGAUCAGUUACUUUCACAAACAGGUUUCAAAACCAUAGGAACAGAUUCAGUAUCAUUCGGAAGUAUAUUUAACUGCACUGUAAUUUCUGGCCAGUCUCGUGCUUAUUUAAUGGCUCUUCUUCACUUCGCUACGUAUUUCUUGAGAUUCAUGUGCUUGAUUCACACACAGGAAUGCCUCCCAGAACUUGGACCAGCUGAUCUGUUUGAAUUAGAACAACAGAAACGGCGGACUCGUCUAGGUGCUAAAUCACGUCGUAAAUCUGGAUCGGCAACCAGUAGUAACUCAACUGGUCACAGUGGUGAUGCACAUGAUUCUGGUAUCAGUUCCCAGGAAGAUUUGACUUCUGCAUUUUAUUCAGCGAGCACUGGAUCAUCUCCUACACACGUUUCUGGUAUGGCGUUGUGUAUGACACAUCGACUAACUCGUGACCAAUGUCGAAUGGCUGAAGUAGCUGCUCACUUUAUGGUUACUCGAGAGGCUGCAGCAGCAGCAGCGGCAGCAGCAGCGUCCGGUCCAAUUAAUUCUCAAAUUUCUGUUAGCACAACACGUUCAACUGACACGUCAUCGGGAUUAGUAGAUGGUAGCAGCGCUGCUAGUAAACCAUGUCCAUCUAAUAACUCACCUCGUUCUUAUCGAUCUCGGUAUACUGAAGUUCCUUUGCUGAUAGAAAAAUUUUUUGAUGGUGAUGAAGAGUUGUGUAGUUGUUUACCGAUUGAAGUUAUUCCGGGCUCAGGUAAUCAUCCUAGUUCCUUGACGUUACCACUAGGAAGAAGCAGCAGUCCAACUUCACCGUGUAAUACAUUAGAUAAUUUUAAAACUCAUUGUUUACCAAUCUAUUCACAGUCUGCAGACCGUUCAUCAAAGCAUUUGUGUUCACCGCAAUCACGUGAUCAUGAGGCUCCAUUUUCAUCCUCAUCAAGAGUAGGGGAUGGAUCUAAUAUCUUCAAUAUUGAUAAUAUGUCACCAUCGUCAUCGAUUUAUCAUACCGAAGAAGAAAUACCACAUGCUGUCAAUCCAGUUCAUCAUUCUCCAUUGCCAACACUUGCAAAUCAUUCACUAAUCUCCGGUACUGUUACUGAUAUAUACCAUAGUGGUCAUGUGUUACAAGCAACUGUUGAACACCCUGAAAGUUUCAAAUCACGCUUAGAAGAAAAUUUACUUCAGUGGAUUACUUAUGGCCCAGUUAUUAUUAACGAUUUAAAUGACUUGUCAGUUUAUAGUAAUAACUCCAAUAAUAAUACUAGACCAGAGGAAUCAUUAUUAUCGUCCACCCAAUUGAAUCCAUCAAUUAAAUCUAGUCUUAUAUAUCCGAAAUCAAGAGAUUGUCAAUUGAAACCACCUAAAUGGUCUGCUACAAGUUUAUUGAUUAAUUGCGAUGCUAAGAGUGUCGAGGCCCUAACGCUUAUUCAAUCCAAAUCUACAAAUUCAAUUUCAAGCAAGGAUUCAGAUGAUGCAGAUCUGAAAUUAAGUCAUCAUUGUACUAUUAGCGCUGGAAGUAGUAGUGGUACACACGUUGGCCGAGAUCGUGUAAAAGUAAAAUUGGAUGAGACAGAACCCUUUGAACAACAAUCAGUUCUAACGACACCACAUUGUAAACUUGGGUCAUGUAUUACUCGGCGAAUUAUACCAAUUAAACCUGCUCCUUUGGUAUUUCGUCUUAUCGAACAAACCCAUAUGGUGUUAGAUGCAACAAACUGUUCACUGAUGACUCUGAAACAUCUGGAGGGUAAUCUGCAAUUGAUUUAUCUUAAAAGUUCAAUACUGACAAAUUUGUUAGUUAAAGAAGGCUCAAACACGCUUCACCGAGUUGAUCGGAUGACCAUUGCUGCAGGUUGCUUGCCGGAAGAUCUACCUUUAUUGCUGUCCAUUGCAUCAUCUUGUUCUGCACGAGUUGCGAAUAUCUUACAUUCUAGUCAGUUCGACUGGUUUAAUUUAGGAUGA